AUGUGCGAAGAAGAAGAGAACAAAAAGCAAGCGAAAAAUCAUAAAACGUAUCUGUAAAUGUAUAAAUGCAUAAUCUUUAUAUUUGCUAAGCCUCAUUACACAUUAACUAAUUAUCUUAUCAAUAUUUAAGAAACCCAAACACAGCCGCCACGUUGUGCUCCGUGCCUCUCCAUCACAGAGUUCUAAAACUAAGGAAAAAUCGAAAUCUUGUAUCUGACUCCCAAAAGAGAAUCAUCAAAGCAAAGAGUAACAGAAGGGGGCCAAAGAAAAGUUAUAAACUUACAGGAGUAACUGUGAGAGGUGUUACCGACCAAGACUCCUAAUUUAGGAUUCCUCCUGCCCAAGCGGCUAGGGUGUUGUACUCUAACAUUCGCCGCAUUUAGAAGCAGACUAUGUCUGACUUUUUGCGUCACCAAAGUCCACAAGAUUACACAUAGCCAUGGCUGCGACGAGGAAACUGCAAGGCGAAAUCGAUCGGUGUUUAAAAAAAGUUGCCGAGGGCGUUGAAACAUUUGAAGAUAUUUGGAAAAAGGUGCAUAAUGCUACAAAUACCAACCAGAAGCAAAAACAUCUGCAGGAGAAAUAUGAGGCAGAUCUCAAGAAAGAAAUUAAAAAGCUGCAGCGAUUGCGGGAUCAGAUUAAGUCAUGGAUUGCUUCAGCUGAAAUAAAGGACAAAAGUGCACUGCUGGAAAAUCGAAGACUCAUUGAAACGCAAAUGGAACGUUUUAAGGUUGUCGAGCGAGAGACAAAAACAAAAGCAUAUUCAAAGGAAGGCUUGGGAGCAGCACAAAAAAUGGAUCCAGCCCAACGAAUUAAGGAUGAUGCCCGGAAUUGGUUAACCAGUUCAAUUAGUUCACUACAAAUACAGAUUGACCAGUAUGAGAGUGAAAUUGAAUCGCUGUUGGCAGGUAAAAAAAAACGCUUGGACCGGGACAAGCAGGAGCGUAUGGACGAUCUGCGAGGCAAAUUGGAUAGGCAUAAAUUCCAUAUAACAAAGCUAGAAACUCUGCUGAGGCUGCUUGACAACGACGGUGUCGAGGCGGAGCAGGUGAACAAGAUCAAAGAUGACGUCGAAUAUUACAUUGAUUCAUCGCAAGAGCCAGACUUCGAGGAAAAUGAGUUUAUUUACGACGACAUCAUUGGACUCGACGAGGUGGAGCUAAGUGGCACUGCCACGACUGACAGCAACAAUAGCAACGAGACUAGCGGAUCACCAAGCAGUGUUAACUCCGGUGGCAGCCCGUCGCAGUCGCCCGUUACGGUACAACAAGUGCUUACUUCUUCCGCGCAGGCAGCGGCAAGCAGUGGCAGUAGUGCAGCCAGCGCUGCUUUGUUCCAGCAACAGCAAGCAGCAACUCAGGCGCAAUCAAAUGGAAACAACAUAGGUUAUGCGAGUGACACCAGUGCAGCAUCAUCCUCAGCGACAACAUCUACCGACCCGUCUGGCAGCGUCCCGGUUGCACAGUUUAGUGGUGGAAGUGGAAGUGAUAAGCGCAACAAAAGCAGCGAAAGCAAUGCCAACAUCAAAUUGAAACAACAACCUCUGCAGCUUAUUAAGCCCACGCCUGUUCGAGCGACGGCUAAGAUGCCCUCGAGUAGUGAUAUUCAAAUCAAUAAGAUUGUCAGCUCAACGCCCAGUAAAAUACAGCAGCAGCAGGCAACAACUACCGCGGUUUUAGCUACUUCCAGCUUGCCACAAAGCAGUACAAGUAUGAGCGGGGCCGGAAAUAAUGCUAACGAGGGAACGGGAGCGCCCGCUGCACCAGCAACCAAUAGUGGUCACAAUCCUGCCGUACAGCAACAUGCUCCUACGCCUGGCAUAUGUUCCUCCGCCAGCAUUCCUGCAGGUACCACUGCAACUGCUGCCUCGAGUCCCGCCAGCUCUGCAAACACGAACAGUGGCAACGUUCAGGGCCUAUCUGUGAUCCAUGCCUCACCACCAAUUGCAUUUGCAGCUGUAGCAAAACACAAUACAUCACUCUUGGAGAAUGGAUCUGUAUUGCAGCAGCAGCAACAACAACCUGCAGCUCCCACGGUGGCUGCUAUUGUUGGAGCGGGAGCACAGGCCCAGCAACAACAGUUGACACAAUUAUCCAAUCUUCAAACGAAUUCCUCACAUUUACAUAACGGUCUGCAAGUCUCCUCGGUUGGUACUAGUGACAACAAUAGCAAUGUAGCCGAUGCAACGAUUUCAUUAAAAACGAUGGCACAAGAAGCUAUUAAUCGAUCUACAAUCGAUGUCAAUUCCGUAAUCCAGCAGCAACCAAGCAAUGUCGACACUAGGCAGCCACUGUCUUUAUCUCAUCAACCGCAACCGAAAUCCAUCCUCCAGCAACAUUUCAUCUCGGAAAACACUGCCAACCUACAACAGCAGCAGCAAAAAGUAGCGGCGCAGCAACAACAGCAGCAGAACGCAGUAGCGGUUAAUGCUGCAGCGAUCGGAUCAAUCGCAGUUGCUGGGUCCCAUGCGUCAACAAACAGCAACGGCCCCAUUGCCACCAGCACUGGGAUAAUGACUCUGGCGAACGCUGCUGGUCAGCAGACUAGUGGAAAUGCUAAGGUCCUUACAUUGCAACAACAUCAGCAACAACAACAAAUGGCCACUACAGAGGCGCACAUUCCUACUCUGCUGGGAGUGACACCAUUGGGACCAACGCCGCUUCAGAAAGAGCAUCAAAUACAGUUUCAAAUGAUGGAGGCUGCCUACUACCAUCUACCACAGCCCAUGGACACGGAGAAAUUACAAACGUACUUUCAUCGCGCACCAGUACCCACGCCUGCACAUUACCCACAGUCACAGCUGCCCAUAUAUGAUACCGUUGAAUUCUAUCAACGACUAUCAACGGAGACGCUGUUCUUUGUGUUCUAUUAUAUGGAGGGCUCCAAGGCUCAAUAUUUGGCUGCCAAGGCAUUAAAAAAACAGAGUUGGCGUUUCCACACCAAAUAUAUGAUGUGGUUUCAACGUCACGAGGAACCCAAAAUUAUCAAUGAUGAUUACGAACAGGGUACGUACAUCUAUUUUGACUAUGAAAAGUGGAGUCAGCGCAAGAAGGAGGGAUUCACCUUUGAAUACAAGUACUUAGAGGACAAGGAGCUAAAUUGAAAAAAUUUGAGAAUUGUUGUCCCUCCUUUGUCAAUAAGAAAAUCAUUUAAAAAAAAAAAAAAAAAAACAAUAAAAUUAAAUU